AUGGCCGCCCAAAGCAGCUCCACCUUUGUAAAUCCUCCAAACUAUACGUUUACCUCUCAUCGUCUUCAUCGAAUUCUACAUGCCUCUGACAAGCAACCAAUUGUCCUUGUAGCAUGUGGUUCCUUCAACCCCAUCACAUAUCACCAUCUCCGAAUGUUCGAGAUGGCAAAUGACUUCGUUCGGCAGAACACUAAUUUUGAGAUUGUUGGCGGAUAUCUCAGUCCUGUUAGUGAGGAAUACGAGAAGCCAGGACUGGUUCGAGCCCAUCACCGGGUCAAUAUGUGCACGCUUGCUACAGAGCAAGAGUCUUCAGGACUAAUGGUCGACUCGUGGGAGGCAUUCCAAAAUUAUCAACGCACGGCUGUCGUCCUCGACCACUUCAAUUACGAGAUCAAUACGAUUCUCGGUGGCGUAUUUACCCGUGAUGGUGAACAUCGUGAUGUUCGGAUCAUGCUUCUUGCUGGAUCGGACCUGAUAAGCACCAUGUCUGAGCCAGGGGUUUGGUCUCAUAAUGAUCUCGAUCGCAUACUCGGACGCUAUGGCACGUUUGUCAUUGAACGCACAGGGUCCAGUAUGGAUCAGGCGACAGACAGUUUGGCGCGCUGGCGGAACAAUAUCUAUCCUAUCCCCCAGCUGGUUCAGAACGAUGUUUCCUCGACGAAAGUUCGGUUGUUCUUUCGUCGUGGUCUUUCGGUCCGGUAUCUCAUCCCAGCUGCUGUUAUUGACUAUAUAAAGCAGAACUAUCUAUACCUAGAUGACGGGGCGGGCCCGGAGAAAGAAAAGGGGAAGGACAAGGAGAGUGGAGAAGCUGAUCGAGACAGUGGGUCUCAAUCACAAUUAUAA